AUGAAUCUCAACUUCACCUCUCCUCUACACCCGGCGUCUUCUCAGAGGCCCACAUCCUUCUUCAUCGAGGACAUCCUGCUGCACAAGCCCAAGCCGCUGAGGGAGGUGGCCCCAGACCAUUUCGCCAGCUCUCUGGCCUCUCGGGUGCCUCUGCUAGACUAUGGCUACCCCCUCAUGCCCACACCCACCCUCUUGGCUCCUCACGCCCAUCACCCUCUGCAUAAGGGAGACCACCACCAUCCUUAUUUCCUCACCACCUCGGGGAUGCCUGUCCCAGCGCUGUUCCAGCACCCCCAGCACGCCGAGCUGCCGGGGAAGCACUGCCGCCGCCGCAAAGCCCGCACGGUUUUCUCUGACUCGCAGCUCUCGGGCUUGGAGAAGAGGUUCGAGAUCCAGCGCUACCUGUCCACGCCAGAGCGAGUGGAACUGGCCACGGCCCUCAGCCUGUCUGAGACGCAGGUGAAAACAUGGUUCCAGAACCGGCGGAUGAAGCAUAAAAAGCAACUGCGGAAAAGCCAAGACGAACCCAAAGCACCAGACGGGCCAGAAAGCCCCGAGGGCAGCCCCCGCGGUUCAGAGGCCGCAGCCGCCGAGGCUCGGCUGAGCCUGCCCGCCGGCCCCUUCGUGCUGACCGAGCCAGAGGACGAGGUGGACAUUGGAGACGAGGGGGAGCUGGGCUCAGGGCCGCACGUGCUUUGAGUCGCCAGGCUGGGGAGGGUGGUAGGCAGGGGAGGAGACUGCGGGGCGAGCGCCGUUCCCUCCCGGACGGGAAGACUCAGACUCCAGUCUCGUGGCGGGCCUUGGAGAUUCGCUCCUGG